GCUGCUUCUCCUCCAGGACGCACGCGGGGAUGGAGGGAGUUUUUGUGUGACGGUGGCACGAUGGAUUCUCAUCUCCACAUCUUGGGUUCGUUACAACCGGGGGUUGAGAUGUCCAACCACCACAACCGGAGCCAGCCCAGCGCACGGCGCGGGGACUACGUGUGGCAGUAUGAGUACUAUGACGACGAGGAGCCCGUGUCCUUCGAGGGACUCAGGGCGCACAGAUACUCCAUCGUCAUCGGCUUCUGGGUCGGACUCGCUGUGUUUGUCAUCUUCAUGUUCUUUGUGCUCACGCUGCUCACAAAGACAGGAGCUCCACAUCAGGAAAAUCCAGAUGCUGCUGAGAAGCGGCACCAACCAGGGAGAUGUCUGGUUGACCUCGGCGGUGUCCAGGACGAAAAUGAAAAGGCCUUCUCUCGUCCACUGCUAGAGGGGUCCCGCUCGUAUUUUCAUUUCUUUAUCCAAGAGGAGGAUCAGGGUGAGGGGAAACAAAAACAAGAAGACAAGAGGUUUGGGAGGCACAUGGGGGCUGGACCCCAGCAGGGCACCUGCGACCGACCCAGGGGAGGCAGCUCCUCGGGGAUGGAUGACAUGGAGGAGGAUGUCGAGGAAGCUGGGGGACACCACCAACCUCUGAAGGGACUAAUGGAGGAGAGUAAGAGGGACAGAGAGUGUGCCUCCCUGUCCCACUUCAACAUCCCCAAUUUUGUGAAUUUGGAUAACAGCUCAACGCUGGGGGAGGACGAUUUGUAGACCCCCCCCCCCCACACACACACACACACACUCUCAGUAUGUUCACUGUGACAUCCACCAAGGCUGUUUCUACAAAAAAAGAUGACAGGCGAAGACACAGUGGUUUUAAUUUCCUUUCCUUUUCACGGGGCCACGUGUGACCGUCCGUUCAGUCUCAGAAAGAAACUCACCUGCCACAGACCAUCUACCGUUUUCAUUCUUAUUAAGCUCAAGAGUGUUUUAAGGCUCUUCAACAAGCGUACUCUGAGAUCGGCAAGUAAUCUGCACAAAUGCUGCCCGACACAUUCCUCAUUACCUGCAGCUCAGUUUUAAAAAGGCAUUUCAUCCUGGAGACCAAAUUGCCUGGAAAAUAGUAGCUUUCACUUCAGCUCCUCCGGGGUUGAGAGCGGCUUCUCACUAGAGAGCGAUGUGUUGUUGAAUUGUUUCCUUGUGCAAUCCUGGAUGUUGGACAAUUUUUUCUCUCUGCGCCGAGGCUCAAACGCCACCUGGUCAACCAAGAAGAUUAAAAACACAGGAUUGUUGUUGCUCUAGAAACAGGUGAAGUGUAUUUUUACUGUGUGAUGUGUAGCACUGAAUCAUACAUAUCGUCGUUCCUUUACAGGGUAUAGGCAACCUGAGGCCUUGGCUGAUGAUGUGAUCUAAUGUUUUUGUAUUCUGCUGAAUGUAGUCGACAA